UCAGUCUGGACACAUGAAGGACGAAGACAGAUGAUCGUGUUCGUGCGGUACAACCUGGGCCCAGGUGUGGCCGUGGAGCUGCAGGAGGAGGCGAGCGUGGCCGAGCUGAAGGAGCUGGUGGGGUGUCAGCAGGGAGUCCGGCCUGAGCAGCUGCGGGUUCUGUUUGCUGGGAGGGAGCUGCAGAACUCCACCACCCUGCAGGGCUGUGACCUUCCGGAGCAGAGCACGGUCCACGUGGUUCUGCCUCCUCCUGGUUCAUCCUCUCAGAUACUGCAGCCGAACCAUCUGACCCGACUGGACCUCAGCUCCUCCCUCCUCCCACCCUCCACCCCCUCCUCCUCCUCCCCCGGCCCAGCACUGGUUCUGGAGGCGAGGCAGGACGCUGCAGGUGUGCGUACCUGCAGUACUUUCUUUGUGUACUGUAAGAGCUGUAGGUCAAUCCAACCAGGAAAACUGAGAGUUCGCUGCCGAAGCUGCAGACAGACGACGCUGACACUCAGCAGGGGUCCGUCCUGUUGGGAUGACGUCCUCCUUCCAGGUCGUAUCCAUGGCGUCUGUCAGUCAGAAGGUUGUCAUGGCAACGAGGCGGAGUUUUACAUGAAGUGUGCGACCCAUCCAACCUCAGAUGACGACCUCUCUGUGGCCCUCGACCUCAUCAUGACCAACAUCAGAGGCGUCCCCUGUAUCGCCUGCUCUGACGUCAUGGACGUGGUCGUGGUCUUCCAGUGUUCGGAGCGUCAUGUGAUCUGUCUCGACUGUUUCCGUCGUUACUGUGAGACUCGACUGAGCGAGCGACAGUUCGUCCAUCAUCCCGUCAUCGGAUACUCGCUGCCAUGUGCAGCCGGCUGCGAUGACUCUCUGAUCAAAGAGCUGCAUCACUUCAGGAUCCUGGGAGACGAUCAGUAUGGGCGGUACCAGCAGUACGGGGCUGAGGAGUGUCUGCUGGCGAUUGGAGGACUGAUGUGUCCGUCACCUGGCUGCGGGGCGGGGCUUCUCCCCCCUGAUGACGGCAGGAGGGUGGAGUGUGACAGACAGCUGGGCUGUGGCUUCAUCUUCUGCAGGACCUGCGGAGAGAGCUACCACCAGGGGGCGUGUCAGGUGGCGUCGGCCCCACCCACAGGUGAAGCCUCACAGGGCUUCGUGGUCGAGGGGGAGGCGACUCUCAGGGGGAGGUGGGACCGAGCGUCGCUGCUGCUGAUCCAGGAGUCAACCAAACGCUGCCCCCAGUGUUCGGUUCCCGUGGAGAGGAACGGUGGCUGCAUGCACAUGCAGUGUCCUCGCUGCAGGAUGGAGUGGUGCUGGCUCUGUGGCGCCCCCUGGAACAGAGACUGCAUGGGAAACCACUGGUUUGGUUGAACAUGCAGCAGCAGCAGCGGCCCGACAUGAUCACAUGACUGCAGAGUUCCCCACGACCACUUCACACCAACAUGGAGGACGAGUCUGAUGCUGAAUUACAGCUGGACCCGAUGGUUUUGAUGCUUUCUUCAAACUAAUAAUGAAACAGAGAAGCAGCUUCAAUCUGACAGAAGGAAACUGAUGACACUUUAGAUUUGACCCUUUUUAACUCCGUGACCUAAAACGAAAUGAACUGAUGCAAUAGACUCAUACAGACACUGACUGAGUGACAUCACGCUGACAUCAUGGCAUCACAGUUCAUAUGAAAACAAUCAAUGCUGCUUCCAAUACCUGAGGAUCCCAUUCAGAGUGUGACUGUGAUGACUGAAUGUGUAUAAGGAUCUUUAAGAUGAGAUUAGAUAGAACUUUACUGAUCCCUUUGGUAGGGUACCUCAGGGAAAUUAUUGGUUAAAGACACUGAACAAUGAAUAAAGACAAAGAGCUUUAA